AAUAUGGCGGAUAUUUCGGUCGUAUCCGGGGACAUCUGUACUAAGCUCGGAGAAGGACCAACUUGGGAUGCAGCUACGCAGAAAUUAUUUUUUGUGGACGCCUUAGACUACAGUGUGCAUAUCUUGGAUGUCGAAACGGGAAAGGCCAAAAAUUAUCAGCUAGAUGGGAUAGUUGGAUGUGUUGUUCCCAGAAAGAGAGGUGGUUCUGUAAUCCUGGCAUGUGAGAGAACAAUAAGAUUUUUAGAUCUUGAGACUGGGCAGCAGGAAGUAGUUGCUACAGUUGAUGAAGAUAAACCAGAAAAUCAUUUUAAUGAUGGAAAGUGUGACCCAGCUGGAAGAUUUUGGGCUGGCACCAAAGGUAGAGAAACAGGUGUUGGAAUUCUGCCUCCUGAGCAAGGGUCUCUGUUUUCACUCAGUGGUGACAGAAAGCUCACAAAGUGGAUAGACAAGAUUACAAUAUCCAAUGGCAUGACAUGGAGCUUGGAUGAAAAGACAUUUUAUUACAUUGACACAGUCACCAGUAAAAUACAUGCAUUUGAUUACGAUGAUGAAGCUGGGGCCAUAUCAAAUCGAAGAAGUGCAGUGCAGGUUGACCCAUCACUUGGUUAUCCAGAUGGAAUGACAAUUGAUUCAGAAGGAAUGCUCUGGGUUGCUAUGUAUGAUGGUUGGAAAGUAAGGCAAUGAUCUGGGCUCAAAUAUGUGGUAACAGAAGAUACUAUGCCAGCUUUGUAAACUGUUUUAUCUUAUUAUCUAUGUUGUUUGUAUACAUUUAAUCAAUUGUGCAAUCAUUAUCAAUAAUUCAAAGGUACCUUUCAUCUGUGGUUUCAGUUGUGAAGAAAUUACCACUGACAAUUAACUGUAAAUGUUAUUAUAAAGACAGUGAAAAUUUUUCUACAUGUCUUGCCAAGUGGGUGGGUGGGUGAAUGGGCAAGGCAGGGGAGAGAUCUGCAUGCACCUGUAACACGAGAUAGUUAUGUUCAAAUUUGAGUUGUCUGGUCCUUCCGAUUGAGUUAUCAGGCAAUUAUUUGUAAUUUGAUAUGAUUAUCCCUUUACAUCUUAACAUAUCAGUAUGCAUAUUCUCAAUACUGAUCUCUAUACAUUUCCAAAGGUGCUGACAAGGAGA